AUACAUCUUUUCCAGAAAAAAAUGCCCAGUGCUGAUUUCGGAAGAAUUGACUUAGGGGAUGUAACUCCUCACAACAUUAAGCUGCUAAGAAAAGUGAAUACAGUAGUUUUUCCUGUUUCAUACCACGACAAGUUCUACAAGGAUGUUUUAGAGGCUGGAGAGUUGGCUAAAAUGGUUUAUUUUAAUGAUAUUGUUGUUGGAGCUGUUUGUUGUAGGGUCGACAUGUCAGCUGGUACAAAAAAGUUGUACAUCAUGACACUUGGUUGUCUGGCUCCAUAUCGUCGACUUGGUAUUGGAACGCAUAUGUUAGAGCACGUCCUCAACAUCGUUCAAAAAGAGGGAAAUUUUACAUCAAUCUUUCUACACGUACAGGUUAAUAACGAUAGCGCAAUCGAGUUCUACAAAAAGUUUGGGUUUAGCAUAGUGGAAACAAAAGAACAAUAUUACAAGAGAAUAGAACCGGCAGAUGCGCAUGUGUUAGAGAAGUUCCUUACACCUGUUCAGCAACUCACCAAUGGAGACACCAAACAUCACUAGAAAUGCUCUCAAUUUUUAUUCAUGUAUUCCAAUAAAUGUUAAUUUCCAUAACUAAA